AUGGGUGCACUCAAGCAUCUCCCUCGAUGUGAUCAGCUAGUAAACGAGAUCGUGCACAAGCAAUUUGUUGAAGCAUGGGGAACAUUCGUAUUUUUCGGAAAAGCACGGGCUUUGUCAUAA